GCCACACCGCAGGCGAGACCUUAGGUCUACCUAUAGGGCAUACUAAAGCCUCUAUAUAAGCGCCAGAUAUCUUAGAAUUAGGCACAUUUCAAGCCCUAGUGCUCAGUGAACUCACGUCCCAAUCUCAGGAAUAUUUUGAAAAAUGUUCGCCAAGGCGAUCGUAGCGUGCGCUCUUCUGGUGGUAGCCCAAGGAGGACUCAUCGCGAGUCCCCACGGAGCGGUCUCAUCUCAGAGCAUAGUUCUCGGCCACCCAGCACCCAUCGCUCGCGCAAUCGCCCCCGCCUACGCCGCUCCCGCCCUAGCCGCCCCUGCUCUUGGAUAUGGACUAGGUCACGGUGCCGUCGUCUCUCACGCGCCCGUUUACCACGCUCCAGUGGCGCACGCCGUUGCCCCUGUUGAAGUAUAUUCGCACCCCCGCUACCAGUUUAACUAUGGAGUCGCUGACGGUCACACCGGCGACCAAAAGAGCCAAUGGGAAGCCCGCGACGGUGACGUCGUGAAGGGACAAUACUCCCUCGUUGAAGCUGACGGCACUGUUCGUACUGUCAACUACUCUGCCGAUGACCACAAUGGAUUCAACGCGGUUGUGAGCAGAACAGGCCACGCAGCGCACCCUGGCGCGGUAGCUCACGCGCCCGUCGCAGUCGCAGCGCCCUACGGCCACGGCGGCCUCCUCCACGGCUAAGCCCAAAUACCACUAUUUAUUACCUACCUUUACUUAGAAUAAGACAAAACGCGACAAUGAAGUAUGUUUUCUGGUAUUGACGGUGUAAGGCAUAGCGUUUCAUAAUACGUAUCCGAUUAUGAAACGACUGGGACGACGGCCCAAGACUUCGGAAUCGGUACCUCGUUUUAGGGUGCUAACUUUUGUAUUAUAAUUUCUUUGUUUUUUUUUUAGUUUGUAAGUCUUUCACCGUUUUCUUAUUUAGUUAAGACGAUACAUUUUAUGAAACGUUAAGAAAAUGCCUGCGGGGUGAGCAGUGGCUCCGGUUAUGCUUAUAUUUAAUAUAUCUUUUCUCAUAA